AUGGAGGACUUUACGGAGCUGAAUGACCCCUUGAUGCCGGCCUUGUGCAGCCUUUCCCAGGACUGCAGCGACCCUCGCCUUGGGCUGCUGAGGGCGAGCCUCCAAGCUGCGGCGGCGGCAGCGAGCGCAAAACCACCGCCGGACGACGAUGUUAUUCCAGAUGAGUUUGCGGAAGCACAUGACGGGCUGAACGUUGAGUCCUUCGGGCUUUUGGACCUCAUGCCGCAGCAGGUGGCCGAUGUGCAGGAGGCCUGGAGUAGCUUCCAGCAAGGCUUCGAAACCGUGGAUGCUUGCGGCGAGGCAAUCUUCGAUGCCAUUUUGGACUCAGCGCCGACGCUGUCCACGCUUUUCCAGAUGCCCAGGGGUGUGGUGGCCAUGCGGCUGCAAGAGGGCAUUCACCAGGUCAUCAUGGCUCUGGAGGAGCCGGAGGAUGUCAAGGUCUUGGUGGACAUUUUGAGCUUUAAGCACUUGGAGCUUGAGGUGACUGAGAUCCGCGUGGGACUGGUCCGGGAUGCCAUCCUUGAGCUGAUCUCUCACGAGCUGACAGGAAAUCUCACGACCCUUGCACGUGACGGCUUCAUGCAGGUCCUCAACUAUAUAGGUGGCGCUAUGAUCUACAUCAAGUCCACAUACUCGAUGCGGUUGAAGGUCUUGUCUUCCAGCUGGCAAGAGGCCAACCGUGACCGCGGGAAAGAGAAGAAGGAGCGCGAAGCCCGAAAGGAGAAGGAGAAGGAGAAGAUGAUGGCGGAGGCAGACAUGGAUGAAGAGGAGGAAGGGCAGGAGGAGCACUUGAAGAGGCUGAAGAAGCGACACCGGAGACAAGAACAGAAUGUCCCCAAGACGUUUUACGACAUGUUUUGCUUCAACGCAGCCGUCAUGGACCUGCUGGCAGACUGGAUGUACGAAGUCUUAGACUCCUUCGAUGCGAUCGUGGCCAAUGCUGGAAAUACAUAUCGCUUGCAGGAGGAGUGCGACAUCCUCACCCUGAGGAUUGCCAAGGUGCCUGGCGAGGUAGCCCUGGGCGAUUUCAAAGCAGUCAUGCUUUCAUCCCUUCGCUCGCUGUGCCCCAAGGAGUGGUCCUCUGUUCACGAGGUCUCCUGGUGUUGGCUUUGGGAGAACGUGGAGCGCCUUCUCCAGGAGCAGAUGGGCAAGUCAGGCUCUUUUGAAAAGUUGCUGGGACGAUGGCUGGAUUCCUUGGACAAUGAGACCCGGGAUGUGCUCUCGCUUUCCGUUUACAGUAACUUCUUUGUGGCAGUACCAGCAGGCAGGUGUGGGUAA